AUGGCCGACGCCAACUCAGCCGAUGUCAACAUGAGCAGUGCUCAACCAGUCAAGGGCUCCUUGGCCGAGUCCAAGGACGCCGUACCCAUGAAGACACUGCCGCAGUCCUCAUCGACAGACACCGAUACCGUAGCUGCCUCCAAUACAGCAAAGACAACAGCGACAACGACUUCAUCGAACCACGGGGCUAGCAGCAAUACUGCCACGGAUAGUGCCACUGCAGUCCCGGCGACCAGCGACGCCAGCGAUUCAAUCGAACCAUCCGCCAAAGGAAAGGAGAAGCAAUCCGCCCCCCAGCAAGUAGAUAAGAACCAAGAUGACGCCAUGGCCAUUGGUCCUUCCGUCGAUGAUGUCCAAUCCGUCAGCAAUGCCCCAUCAGAUGGCCCAGUCUGUAACAUUACACUACUGUUAACAACUGGCGCGCGACACCCCUAUAAGCUGGACGAGAAGUACCUGACAAAGAGGAACGUGAACGUCCCGGGGCUUACCGAGGCGGGAAAGAAGGACCCAUUUACCAUCAGCGUUUACACGUUAAAGGAGUUGAUACUGCGGGAGUGGCGUGAAGAAUGGGAUCCCAAGCCGGCAAGCCCCAGCAGCAUACGGCUGAUUCACUUCGGAAAGCUUUUGGACGACAAGGACCAGCUGAAGCAAUAUCACUUCAGCGCAGAGGCAGCCAAUGUUGUUCACAUGACUGUCCGGCCAGCUGACAUUGUUGAAGAGGAAGAGCCCAAGGGAGGUAAUAAGUCAACUUCCGGCGGUGGUCGCAGCCGAGAAGGUGGUAGUGGAUGCUGUGUCAUUUUAUGA